GUCAUAGUCAGCUGUGCGGCUCAAAAUUUUCAUUUUAUUCGGGAAAAACAAAUCUAAAAAUUUAAUAAUGAAAGCUAUCUGUUCCCUAAACCAUUACAGAAAACUCGUUAGGAAUGCACAAUUGCGUAGGUUCAGCGCUACAUCAAACCUUGGAGAGAAAUAUAACAGCGACAAUAUACGAAACAUAGGAAUCCUUGCACACAUAGAUGCAGGCAAGACAACAACCACGGAGCGAAUGCUGUUCUACUCGGGCACCAUCCGGUCCAUGGGCGAGGUGCACCACGGCAACACCGUCACCGACUACAUGGAGCAGGAGCGCCAGCGCGGCAUCACCAUCACUUCGGCGGCGGUGUCCUUCCCGUGGGGCAGCAGUCAGAUCAACCUGGUGGACACGCCCGGCCACAUCGACUUCACCAUGGAGGUGGAGCAGAGCCUCGCCGUGCUAGAUGGUGCGGUCGUGGUGCUUGAUGCUUCGGCUGGUGUUGAAGCUCAAACACUGACAGUCUGGCGACAGGCAGCCGGAUACAGAGUGCCUCGUCUGUUGUACCUGAACAAAAUGGACCGAUCUGAUGCAGACGAAGUAGCUUGUGUCAAAUCAAUAGAAGAAAAACUGGACGCAACACCAUUGCUUCUACAUACACCUGUUAGACAUGAAGGAAAGUUAAUAGGUCUACUUGACUUGUUGAACUUGGAGGAAAUAAUCUGGACGCAGGGGCGGGGUCAAAAAUAUACGCGACGAAAACUUACAGAGAAGGAAGAUGGCCAUGUCUGGGAAAACACUAUGACUGGACACAGACACCUUGUGGACACACUUUCAAGUAUAGACGAUAAUCUGGCAGACAUCAUCAUACAGGAGGAAUCCUUAGACAAUAUACAAAGUAAAGACAUAACUGCAGCUAUACGCCGCUGCACUAUCGAUAUGAAAGGUUUCCCGAUCGUGUGCGGGUCAUCUUACAAAAAUAUUGGUGUACAAACUCUUAUGGACGCUGUCGUAGACUACCUUCCUUCGCCAGAUCAAUGCAAUGAGCUUUACAGGUGUUUUGACAAAGAUCUAUCAGCCAGAGCGUUCAAAGUCCAACACGACGACCAAAGAGGCGUGUUGACUUUCCUAAGACUUUACAGUGGCGAAAUAAGUAAAGGGCAAAAAAUUUAUAACCUCGUCCAAGAUCAAAGUGAACAGACGGGUAUAUUGUACGUAGCUUUAGCUGAUGAGUACAAGCCGGUCGAGAAGGUGACUGCCGGUAACAUUGCGGUUGUUAGUGGACUCAAGGUAACAAUGACAAGGGACUUAGUCACUUCUAAUCAGACUGCUGCCAACAAGGCUAAGACCAGACUCACCGCCCGGCUGAGCAAACAGGAAGACUUGGAACGUCUGAUCCUGCCGAGUGCCAGACAAAGACUGAACGCUUUGGACGAGCAGCCAGACGACAGUGAGAAGGCUGAUAUACUCCUCGGAAUUGGCGCGCGCGUCCCGGAGCCCGUGUUCCUGUGCACCAUCGAGCCCCCGAGCGUGGCGUUCCAGACCCCGCUGGAGACAGCCCUGGCCGAGCUGAGUCGAGAGGACCCCAGCCUCAGGGUUGUCAACGAUGACGAGUCUGGACAGAUCGUACUAGCUGGUAUGGGCGAGCUGCACCUAGAGAUAAUCAAAGAGCGUAUAAUCAGAGAGUACAAGAUCGACGUGGAGCUGGGUCCUCUCCAGAUAGCGUACCGGGAGACGCUGCUGGGCGCCGCCCAGAGGAACUUCGUGCUGGAGCGGAAGAUCGGCAGCCAGAAGCAGAUGGUCAAUGUCACCAUGUCAGCCAAAACGGUUAAAGGAGUACCGGCGGAUAAGGUUUUGAGGUUGAACAAAUCACCGGAGAGUGCGGCAAAUCUCGCGCAUGUAUGGACGCGACACAUGACAGCCGUAAAGCAAGGCGUCUCCACGGCCCUGCUGCACGGACCCAAACUAGGCUGCAAGAUGGUGGAUGUGCAGGUGACUCUUCACUGGCUGGAAGUUGGACGCGGGACUUCAGACUCUGUUGUCUCUGCCGCCGUCGUGCAAUGUCUUCGAAAGGUAUUCGCAGAGGCCGAGUCCAUACUCCUGGAGCCGGUGAUGUCUCUCGAAGUGGUGGUGCCGGAGUCGCACUCGGCGCGCGUGCUGGCCGACCUCACGCGGCGCCGCGCCGACCUACAGCAGGUGCACGUGCGGAGAGGAGACAAGGUGAUAGAGUGCUUAGCACCGCUAUCAGAGCUGCUGGGCUACUCGUCGGCGCUGCGGUCCCUGAGCUCGGGGCUCGCCUCCUUCACCAUGGAGUUCCACUCCAACAGACAAAUGACGCCUUACGACGAAGAGAAGGCUAUCAAAGCUGUCACUGGCUUCUAAGGGGAAACCAGCUUGUGUGUAUCUUGAAUUGUGUAGUAAAGGUAAUGGUUGCGUUCGGAGGUUAAUUUCUCUCGUGAAGAAGGAAACCUAUGUUACACAGUACAGUUGAGGAUUUCUCUGAUGGAGCCUAUCAGAAAUGAGGUGAUAAAAAUUGGAAAAAGGUGUGUAUUUUGUAUCUGCCAAAAAAUUAUUAACUGUGGAACGUUUUCGCGAGUGAAGACCAGGACAGACAGUGCAGUGCCAGGAAGAGAAAGGCCGAGGGCAGAGUGGUGUGAAGUCCCGUGAGGCCUAUACCUAACCAAGGAACCCUCAAAGACCUUCACACAACACUGACCAAGGCCCAUGCGCAGCAGUUUGAAGAAUAUCAGUUCUUAGUGGUCAAACAAUAUUUCUCCAAGUAAAAAAUACACAAAUAAGAGUUUUGUAAAUUCAGUUUGAAAACAAUAUUUAGGUCUAGCUUGACCUGAAUAGAUUAUUUUGAUCGCGGCCGAAACUCAAUGAAAUAUCAUUGUAAUUGUUUUAAUGUAAUUUAUAUUGAUGUAAAUAAUAAAUAUUUAAGGAAUCCUA